CGCAGACAUCCCACGUGCAGCCGCACCUUUCCGGUUGCGGGCAGCGAGCCCUCCACAUUUCCUUGCCCCUCCUAUAAAUGGAGCUUUGGGGGAACGACGGACGAUAGAGAGAAGCGAGGGAGGAAGACGGUGAAGAGGAGGGAUUUCCCAUUGCUCCAUGGAAAUCCGACCAAAGUCGUUCCUCGACGACAAGUCCGGUCGCUGAUCUCCAUCGUCGGUCGGCCAUUGCGCUCAUUGACUGGUCAACUCUGAUCCACUGCUCACUUUGGUCAAUAGGGAAUCAAACUUGCUAAGGUUGUAGAAUUCUGCAAACAGAUUUAACAAAGGAGAGAAUUUUCCAGCCAAUUUUUCCGGUACCAUGGCAGAAUGCACGGCUAAGGUUGAAUGUUGGCAACCUCCUCCUCUAACUUGGCACAGAAAUCUUGCUGAUGAGGAGAAAAGAAAAUCUGAGUUUAAUUUUAUCAAGUUAAAUGACCUUGGAAUGAUUUAUAUGGGUUAUCGAUUGUGCCGCUACUUUAUAGAGGAAACUGCAAAAGGACUGUCUGCAAUCUAUAAUCCUUUCAGAAAAUGGAUGGAUGUCUCUUCUCGUGGAGUUCCUUUAGGUGGCAUGGGUGCUGGAAGUAUAGGUAGAAGCUAUAAAGGCUAUUUUCAGUGCUGGCAACUAUUCCCUGGACAAUGUGAAGAGAAUCCUGUGCUGGCCAAUCAGUUCUCUGUUUUCAUUUCACGCUCUGAUGGCAAGAAAUAUUCUACUGUAUUAUCUCCAAGACCAGAAAUUCUCAAAGGGAGUACUAGUCCUGGAAUAGAAUCUUGGGACUGGAAUCUCAGUGGACAAAAUGGCACCUACCAUGCAUUGUAUCCAAGGUCCUGGACUGUUUACGAUGGUGAACCUGAUCCGGACCUUAAAAUUACAUGCCGCCAGAUUUCACCAUUUAUCCCACACAACUAUCGAGAAAGCAGCUUCCCUGUUGCAGUUUUCACAUUCACGCUGAUGAAUUCGGGGAAGAGUUCUGCAGAUGUAACUUUGCUUUUCACAUGGGCUAAUUCUGUAGGGGGUAAAUCUGAGUUCUCUGGUAAUCAUUCAAAUUCCAAAAUGAUGGUACGGAAUGGUGUGCAUGGUGUGCUUCUACAUCACAGAACUGCAAGUUGGCAGAUACCAGUGACAUUCGCCAUAGCAGCUCAAGAGACAGAUGAAGUUUGUGUCUCAGAAUGUCCUUGCUUUCUGAUAUCUGGGAAUUACAAGGGAUUCACAGCGAGGGACAUGUGGGAUGAACUUAAAAAGUAUGGAUCCUUCUCCCGCCUUGACAACAAUGGAACGACUCCACCAUCAGAGCCAGGAUCAUCUAUCGGAGCAUCUGUGGCAGCCACAGUCACAGUACCUCCUGCAGCUACUCGUACAGUUACAUUUUCUUUGGCAUGGGCAUGCCCCAAAGUAAAAUUUCAUAGUGGCAGGACUUAUAACAGGAGAUAUACCAAGUUCCAUGGGACUGAUGCUGAUACUGCCGCAGCAAAUCUUGUUCAUGAUGCCAUAACUAAUUAUUGCUACUGGGAGUCCCAGAUUGAAGAUUGGCAAAAACCUAUUUUGGAGGACAGGAGGCUUCCUCCAUGGUACCCAGUCACCCUUUUUAAUGAGCUCUACUAUCUAAAUGCGGGGGGAACAGUUUGGACAGAUGGAUUGCCCUCAGUUGAGAGUUUGGCAAGUAUUGAAGAAAGAAAAUUCUCUCUUGAUAUAUCCAAUUUAGGUUGUAAAGAAAUGAAUGAUGACAUCCAAGUAAACAAUGCUGCCGCGAAUAUCUUGACAAGCAUGUCACUGAUCAAUAAGAAGUUACAGUCUCCUAUCACAUCACAUUCCGCAUUUGGUACAUCAUUGCUUCAGGAAGGAGAGGAAAACAUUGGUCAGUUUCUUUAUCUUGAAGGAAUAGAGUAUCAUAUGUGGAACACUUAUGAUGUCCAUUUCUACUCAUCCUUCGCCCUAAUCAUGCUGUUUCCCAAACUUGAACUCAGCAUUCAGAGAGAUUUUGCAGCAGCUGUACUGAUGCAUGAUCCUGAAAAGAUCCAAAUGCUCACUGGAAAGCGGGUUCCAAGAAAGAUUCUUGGUGCCAUUCCUCAUGAUCUUGGACUAAAUGACCCGUGGUAUCAAGUAAAUGCAUAUGUCCUUCAUGAUAUCAAUAGGUGGAAGGACUUGAAUCCCAAGUUUGUUUUGCAAGUCUAUAGAGAUGUGGUUGCAACAGGCAAUAGAUCAUUUGCAAAAGCUGUUUGGCCAUCUGUCUACAUUGCAAUGGCCUAUAUGGAUCAGUUUGACAAUGAUAAAGAUGGGAUGAUAGAAAACGAAGGUUUCCCUGAUCAGACUUAUGACAUGUGGUCAGUGGUUGGUGUAAGUGCAUAUAGUGGGGGCCUUUGGGUGGCUGCUUUGCAGGCUGCCUCUUCCAUGGCACAACUGGUUGGAGAUAAAGUUUCUGAGGAUUAUUUUUGGAACCGGUAUCAGAAAGCAAAAAUCGUAUUUGAGCAACUAUGGAAUGGUUCCUAUUUUAAUUAUGAUAACAGUGGUGGCAUAUCAAGCACAACUAUUUUGGCUGAUCAGUUGGCUGGACAAUGGUAUGCUAGAGCAUGCGGUCUUCAGCCAAUUGUUGACGAGAAAAAGGCACAAAGUGUAUUUGAAAAGAUCUAUAAAUUAAAUGUGUUGAAGGUGAAGGGAGGGAGGUGCGGAGCAGUUAAUGGAAUAAGACCAGAUGGAACUAUGGACACGUCGGCAAUUCAGGCAAAUGAAAUAUGGUCUGGAGUGACAUAUGCUGUUGCGGCUGCAAUGAUCCAAGAAGGCAUGUCAGAAACGGCAUUUAAGACAGCUGAAGGGAUUCAUGAAACCGCCUGGUCUCACGAAGGUCUCGGGUACUCGUUUCAGACCCCUGAAGCAUGGACACCGAACGGUCAGUACCGGUCAUUGCAAUACAUGCGCCCUCUAGCUAUAUGGGCAAUGCAGUGGGCAUUGUCUCCACCAAAGCUUCACAAGGAAGAGCUGGAAGCAGAUUGGAAGGGAAAGGCUCAAAUGCCCCAUCUGGAAUUCUCUCAGAUUGCAAGCUUACUUAAGCUGCCAGAAGAGAAGGAAUCUAAAAGCAUCAUUCGAGUCAUCUUCGAGAUUGCUCGUGAGAAGCUAUCGAAACGAUGAUGAAGCAUUUAGAAGCUUUACAUACUAUUCAAGUAAUUCCUCCUGCAGAAUUCCCAUAAGAAAAUAAAUUGAUGUUAUACGAUCAGAGCCUCAUGUAUCUCUACGGAAUUUGCAUUAGCAGAGGUGACUGCAUGAAAUCUUGUUGAUAAGGGGGACAUAGUUGGCGACUUGUUUUAAACAUAUUGUUUAGAACAAUAUGUUCUAAACGUAUUGUUUCUCGUACUUCUGUGUGCUAAACUGAGAAAAGAAAUGCCUACUGUUCUUACAUCCCAA